UCGGGGCUGGGGGGGCGGGGGUGUCCUCUCCCCCCGACCCCCUCCGUUCUCCUGAGCCCGGCCCGCUCGCGGCUUCCCGAGGCUGCCUCGGGCUCUCCGUUCCCGGGGUCUCUCUUUCCCCACCUGCCUCUCUCUCCGGGUCUCCCCCUCUCCUGCUGCCCCUGCCUGUGGGUCUCCGGGCCCCGUGUGCUGCUUAGGCUGCUCUCCCCUCGGCGUCCCCCCCAUUGACGCCCCCCUGCAUCCUUGUCUCCCCGUUAAGCCCUUGCCCCAUCCAGAGCUCCCCCCGCCCCCCCGUCUCUGUCUGUCUCUCCCCGUCUGUCCCUCCUCCCCCUCCCUGGAUGACUCUCCCCCCGUCCCCUCUUCCCUUCUGGCACCCGGAUCCUGACCUCCCCCACGCCCCUCUCUCCCCCAGUGCCUCGCCUUCCCCCUCGGGCCCCGGGUCCUUCUCUCUCGGGGUAUUUCUCUGCGUGUGGCGUCUCUCCCCAACUUCCUCCCGCUACCAGCCGCUGCCUCCCCCAAUCCCUCCUCCCCCAUCUCUGCCUCCGAGUCUCCGGGCCUCUCGCUCGCUCCCCAGCUUCUUUCUGCCACCCAGACCCUGCCCCCCGCUCCCUCCCCCCUCUCCUCUCCGUGGCCCCCCCGUCCCCAGCCGCUCCCCUCCCCCUCCCUCCUCCCUCCCUCCCUCCUCCAGCUCCGCACUUUACCCAGCGACACGAGAACCAAAUUGUCUGCUCACCUUUCUCCCCCAUCCCGACCCCCGCUCCCCUGGGGCCGGAACUCGGAGCUGGCCCCCAGCCUCCCCCCUGCCUCCACAGCCCCUCUCCCCAAACGCCUCGUCCCACCCCCCCAGCCAGUCGGACGCCUGGGUCCCUCGCUGCUGGGGGAGGGGCGCAGAGAACUGGGAGCCACGGGGUUCUUCUGGGGGGUGCCGACAGGGGGGCUCAGUGUCCCCUCCGCAGCACCGGAGAGCUGACCUGUCGUUCAGAGCUGGCGGCCAUGGCCGCGCUCUGACCCACCGCCCGCCACCGCGCGCCCCAGCCCGGCCCCGGCCCGGCCCGCUUCCUCCUGCGCUGUGCCCCCCCCGCCGCCGGCACGGCCCCGCCCCCGCUGCCCCGGUGGUGGCCCCCGGCCCCCCGGCUGCCCGUGGUCAAACUGGAGUCGCUGAAGCGUGCUGCUGA